GGACGGUGUCCCGGUUGUCGUGGUCGUCGUGGCCCCCGGUGUCCCCCCCGGGAGGAGCCAUGUCUUUCUUCAAUUUCCGCAAGAUCUUCAAACUGGGGGGCGAGAAGAAGAAGAAGCAGUACGAGCACGUGAAGAGGGACCUCAACCCGGAGGACUUUUGGGAGAUCAUCGGGGAGCUGGGGGACGGCGCCUUCGGCAAGGUCUUCAAGGCCCAGAAUAAAGAGACAAACGUUCUAGCUGCUGCAAAGGUGAUUGACACUAAAUCUGAAGAAGAACUUGAAGAUUACAUGGUAGAGAUAGAUAUUUUGGCAUCUUGUGAUCAUCCAAAUAUAGUCAAACUUUUAGAUGCUUUCUAUUAUGAAAACAAUCUUUGGAUUCUGAUUGAGUUCUGUGCCGGUGGAGCAGUAGAUGCUGUAAUGUUAGAACUUGAGAGGCCAUUGACAGAAUCACAAAUCCAAGUAGUCUGCAAACAGACUUUAGAAGCAUUAAGCUACUUGCAUGAAAGCAAAAUCAUUCAUAGAGAUUUAAAAGCAGGCAACAUUCUUUUUACAUUGGAAGGAGACAUUAAAUUGGCGGAUUUUGGAGUAUCGGCCAAAAACACAAGAACCAUUCAAAGAAGAGAUUCUUUUAUCGGUACACCGUAUUGGAUGGCUCCAGAAGUGGUAAUGUGUGAGACUUCUAAAGACAGGCCCUAUGAUUACAAAGCUGAUGUAUGGUCCCUGGGCAUUACUUUAAUAGAAAUGGCUCAGAUAGAGCCACCUCAUCAUGAGUUAAAUCCCAUGCGAGUACUGCUGAAAAUAGCCAAAUCUGAUCCCCCUACGUUGGCACAACCAUCAAAAUGGUCUCCAGACUUUAAGGACUUUCUGAAGAGAUGUUUGGAAAAGAAUGUGGAUGCCAGGUGGAAUACUUCUCAGUUGCUACAGCAUCCCUUUGCUACCGUUUCUUCCAACAAACCAAUCCGAGAAUUGAUUGCAGAGGCAAAGGCUGAAGUAACAGAAGAAGUUGAAGAUGGGAAAGAGGACGAUGAGGAGGAGGAAACAGAAAAUUCCUUGCCUACACCGGCAAGCAAGCGGGCAUCCUCUGACCUGAGUAUUGCCAGCUCGGAAGAAGACAAACUGUCCCAGAACGCUUGUGUUCUGGAAUCUGUCUCGGAAAAAACAGAACAAAGCGCCACUGAAGAAAAAGCCAGCCACAAAGCGCUGGAAGAGAAAACACCUUCUAGUGAGCCUGAGAAAAUUGAGGAGCACACUAAUGAUGCACUUCCUCUUAAUGUUGCUGAACUACAGGAUGGGUUGCCAUCAGUCAUAGAUAAUAAGAGCGAAGAGAAGGGACUUGAAAUUAAAGGAGUUGCAAAAACCGUAGAGGAAGUCGCCAAACCAGAGUUGGAUAGAAAAGAGGUUGUAGGGACCACUGUAGAAACAAACGUUAAACGUGAUGUAAAACCUGAGAAAGAAAGUGAUCUGGAAAAUUACGAAGUGUCUGAAAAUAAUCUAACACAAUUAGAAGAAAUUGAAGACGCUACUGUCCAAGGUGUAGAAUUAGUCUCUGAAGAGACUGGAGAAAAGGAGGAGAAAACCAACGAAGUAAAAGUCCCGGGAGUUGAAGAUGAAAUCCAAUUAACUCUAGAAGGGGUGAAAGAGAAAGAAGGGGAGGAUAACACAGUAAAGAAAGAUGAGACUGUCAGCUUGGAGGAAGUCGGUCAAGUGACUGAUGUAGACCAGAAGCCAGAUGCAGAGAGAUCUGAGGAAAUUCAGACUAAUGAUGGGAAUGAAGCAGCUGAGUUGGAUGAGAAACCAAUACCAGAGAUGGCUCAGGAUACUCCGGAGGCAGUUGGCAUCGAGAUAACCCAGGUUGAAAGUUCAGAUGAAACAGUUGGUGGAGAUCAGAAAUUUCCACAAGGUAAAAUUGAGGGCACAGCUGAAGCAAGCAGAAAUGAGGAACAUUUAAUCGACAAUUCAGGGCACAUGAUUGACAUAAGUGAGAACUCCGUUGAAGUGGAGGUAAUUAGGGAGCCAAGUGUCACUGGGGGGACCCAGGUCGUAAAUGCGGGGGAGAUGAUUGGGACUGACCAAAAUUCAAGGGGUAGUGGAAUCGAAGAUGAUCAUAAAACCAAGAUUCUGCCAGGCCCGGAGACCACAGACGUUCCAAGUGAAUUGUCAGUUAGCACUGAACCUCAAGUUUCUGCAGCUUCACAGCCUAGCGAACCACAGCCCACUACAAUACCCAGUAUCAGCAUUAACUCUGAAAAAGCUGAAGAUAAAGGGGAAACAAGAACUUCAUCUGGAGCUGUUACCGUCCUGCAGCCAGAACCUGAGAAUCAGAAGGAAAACGAUACCGAUUCAGGUACUGGAUCCGCCGCUGAUAAUAGCAGCAUUGAUUUGAAUUUGUCAAUCUCCAGCUUCCUAAGCAAAAACAAAGACACCGGAUCAAUAUCUUUACAAGAAACACGAAGACACAAGAAAACAUUGAAGAAAACACGCAAAUUUGUCGUUGAUGGUGUAGAAGUGAGCGUUACGACUUCAAAGAUAGUUACGGAUAGUGAUUCCAAAACCGAAGAAUUAAGAUUUCUCCGACGUCAGGAACUGCGAGAGUUAAGAUUUCUUCAGAAAGAAGAACAGAGAGCUCAGCAGCAGCUCAACAACAAAUUGCAGCAACAGCGCGAACAAAUUUUCCGGCGAUUUGAACAGGAAAUGAUGAGUAAAAAGCGACAAUAUGAUCAAGAGAUUGAAAAUCUUGAAAAGCAGCAGAAGCAAACAAUAGAACGCCUGGAACAGGAGCACACAAAUCGCCUGCGAGAUGAAGCAAAACGCAUCAAAGGAGAGCAGGAGAAGGAAUUGUCCAAAUUCCAGAACAUGUUGAAAAACCGAAAGAAAGAGGUUAUAAAUGAAGUGGAGAAAGCACCAAAAGAGCUGAGAAAAGAGCUCAUGAAACGCAGGAAAGAGGAGCUUGCACAAUCCCAGCAUGCUCAGGAACAAGAGUUUGUUCAGAAGCAACAGCAGGAAUUAGAUGGGUCACUGAAAAAAAUCAUCCAACAGCAGAAGGCAGAGUUAGCCAAUAUCGAGCGAGAGUGCCUAAAUAACAAACAGCAGCUCAUGCGAGCUCGGGAAGCUGCAAUUUGGGAACUCGAAGAACGUCACUUACAGGAAAAACAUCAGCUGCUCAAACAGCAACUGAAAGAUCAGUACUUCAUGCAAAGGCAUCAGCUGCUUAAGCGGCAUGAAAAGGAAACUGAACAGAUGCAGCGAUACAAUCAACGGCUAAUUGAAGAGUUAAAAAGCAGACAGACUCAAGAAAGAGCCAGACUGCCCAAGAUCCAGCGAAGCGAAGCCAAAACUCGAAUGGCCAUGUUUAAGAAAAGUUUGAGGAUUCAUUCAGCAGGCACCCCAGACCAGGACCGAGAGAAGAUUAAACAGUUUGGGGCUCAAGAAGAAAAGAGGCAGAAAAACGAGAGGAUGGCUCAGCACCAAAAACAUGAAAAUCAGAUGCGGGACCUUCAGCUGCAGUGUGAAGCCAACGUCCGAGAGCUGCAUCAGCUACAGAAUGAAAAAUGUCACCUGUUGGUCGAACAUGAGACUCAAAAACUGAAGGAGUUGGAUGAAGAGCACAGUCAAGAACUGAAAGAAUGGAGAGAGAAAUUGAGACCUAGGAAAAAGACCCUGGAAGAGGAGUUUGCCCGGAAACUUCAGGAGCAGGAGGUGUUCUUUAAAAUGACUGGGGAGUCCGAAUGCCUUAACCCUUCCACCCAGAGUCGCAUCUCCAAAUUCUACCCCAUCCCUAGCCUCCACUCCACCGGCUCGUAACUCGGUGGAAGCUGUGCGGUUGGGUUUGGUUUUUUUCCUUUCUUCACCUUCUGCCGCGAGAGAAUAGACAGCACACAACGGAGAAAGCAUGGCUCUUGGGAACCAUAGUGGAGACAAUCACACAAUCCCCUUUUAGGGUUUGUUUCCCCCACCCCGAGAGGGGUAAGACACUGGGCCGGGGGUUGGGUCGGGGGGCGGCGCGGUACCUAGAGCAGAUGUUGGCCUGGGGUAUCUUGCCGUCGCUCCCUAAGAGACUUGUUUGUAUAUUAAUCAAAAACCAUCUCGCUUGUUGGUUAACCGCGAUAGCACUAAUGAAAUUUUAGGCAAGUAAUGUUUAACGUUUCAAAAAAGAUGCCGUUCCUCCGGUUUGUGAAUGGUUACUGGCGGCUUGAUGGAAAUAAUUUCUCCUGGACAGAAUUAGGAGAAACCGCGGGGAAUAGAGGUUGGCAUUUCUUGCGAUGGUAUUGAAUCAACUUUUGUAGACGGGACCGACACCAACAUUAAAAUAGGCUGUUGAUAGAGAAGACGCGUGGAUUAUAUUUUGUCCUUAAAGUCAGUUAGCAGCAGCAGACUCUCCUGCAGAGGGGAAAACUCCUCCGACCGUUGCUAGUUGAAGGCAAAUAUUGCCUACGAUGCCGAGUUUAUGAAACUCUGUAAUAGGAUGUUCCGUUUUGGCCUGUAGAAAACCCCUCCUUCCCUCCUUAGCAUUAACGUUCCCGUCGUCAACAAAUUUUUGCUGCUACUGCCAUUUGUUAGAAAUUCUCAUCCUAAAAUAUUUUGCACUAAAGUCGGAGAGGUGGAAAAAAAAAAUAAGGCCCCAAACUGUAGGAUGCCCAUUUGAUUAUUUUCCUCACCAGUGGAAGGAAUGGUGUUCUACAAACUGAAAGAAGAGUUUUAGCAUUAGCUGUCUUGGUUCAAGGUGCAAAUGCACGUUUUUUUUUUCAAAUCUACCCUCCAGUUAAACGAUUCCUUGAUUUUUACCAAAGUCUCUUCUUUACAAACUCCUUCUCAGUCUUGGAGGUGCUGGUUGUAUUUAUGAACUUAGAAUUGCUGAAAUUAAUACCAAUAGGAAUAUUUGUUUAAAAAUGGUUUUAGAAAGUUGUUGGUUUUUUUUAAUAGAAGGAUUUAAGUUAAGUAUUUAGACCAGUUCUUUUAAGAAAUGUUCCAUUCUUCACGGUAUGGUCACUUACAUGUUACAGUUUUUAUUCUGUUUAAGUGCUUAGGUGUAUUAAAUUAUUUACUUUGAUUUGCAGUAGAAAAGGUCUGAAACUAUUACGCAGUCGGUGGUAAAUGUAACCCUUCAAACAAAUGUUCACUCUUAGUCACUCUUUAGAGGGUUAGAGCUUCACGUGCGAAUCGUAUCAAGACAGUAUUAUAAACUGUGUCGUGAUAUGCCGGACGUGGAUUCGUACGAUAUCUGCCUCAUUUGCAAACUAUCUUUUAGGUGUGCUCGGUGCCCAGUGUUUCAAAGCUUCCUUUUUCACUUGGCUGGUUUGUUUUACCUUUGAAGCGGGUGAAAAUCCUUCGCAGUUGGGUUUCCUGGGAACGGUGGACCCACUUGAAGGAAGCGACGUAGCUGACGGGUCACAUUGUUCCGACCGUCACCUAAAUGUUGGGGGCCGAAGCUUGCCUCGUCAGCGAAGGCGGCUUAAACGAUUGGAAAACCGCAUGUCUGUAUUUUAAUUUUGUAAUUAAUGUUUUUGAUAAGCGUAAUCUACUCAGAUGACUUUAUAGCCAGCCUCGAUUUCUAGCGGUGUUUUUAUAUAAAUACGUAUCAUGUAGUGGUUGUAAAUUCGCAGCCCGUAUCUCUCAAACACGUCGCCGUCUUCAAAGGCUUGGAAAUGCUUGGAUGGAACGUGUUUUGCAAGGACGUCUUUGUAAGCUACACCUUUAUAAAGCAAUGAGAAUCGUGUUUGAAGGUGGAAGUGAUUUAUACCGCAGUGAUCGGAAUUCCCGACAUUGUGCAGUUGCGCACUGGGGAUCUCUGUGCUCGAUGCGGGGCAGGGGAGAGGAGGAAGAAGGGCAUGGCAGGAGUGCUCGCGGCCUCCCACCCCCCGGCCCUUUUAUGUGUGCUGAUUUUCCAGGCGGAUUCUCCUUUGCCUCAUUGCUCGGUUCCCGGGCUCGCCCUGUGCUUCUCGUGUGUCCCGGCAGGUGAUACCCGGGUGAGUCCGUUUGGGCUCUCCCACGGGUAGAUGAGUGUCGAAGGCGAAAGCCUCCAGGCCCAGAACGGAGCAGCUGAUGCCCUAAUCCGGUGGUCAGGAAGCGAGCUCCGUUGCUUUGCGCAUCUCCGACUAACUGUCGUCUCGAUUCGGUGUUCAGGGGUGACUCCCGUUUAGAAGACUGACCCAGAAGUCGGUCGUUCAUUCCAUCUCUUGAGCUGGCUUCGUUUUUUAACGCCACCGUCGGUCGUUCGAAAGGAGCCUUUUAGGUGUGCGUUUUGCAUCCCAGCUCCUUCCCCCGAACCCGACGCCCAAUUCUCCCCAUGGGGCAUGUCGUGUCGGGCGACCCUUCACCCUCAGACAAGCGUUAACUCAAACUGGUUCCCUCACCAGUUCUCCUUCCCCACCCCUGGUUACCCAGAGCUGGGGGGGGGGGGGGACCUGAGCUACGAACCAGCUGCUGCCUCACUCGAAUGAGCGCUUAGACUCUUCCCCACCCUUUUCUGUGAGGUUUGGGAAACAGAAGAAGGGGAUACAGGCUGCUCCCGCUAGGCUAACUGUGCGAGGCUAAGCCGGAUUCCCAUUAAACACGAGCCAGAACCGCCAAGAGUUACCUCCUAAGGAGCGGUGUUUUCCUCCGGCGCAGACGCUCCCAGGCCUUCCUAAUCCGGAUCCGCGGAGGGUUCUGUUGUAUCAGCACCAACGAGUUUCAGCCGUCUGCCUUUGGUCGCUCUUUAAAGUCUCCGUCAGGAGCUGGAGACUUUCCCGCUUCCUACGGUAGAGGAAAAGGAUGUUCCGAGAGAGAGCGAAAAGUCCAGGAAGAGCUCCUAAAACACAAGGAUCGUGUUCUGAACACUCCCCUCUUUAAGGAAGACUCCUCCCGGGCUCAUAGCAUUCGCAGCCAGGGACGACACGGCGCUCCUGGACAGAGCCGGUCUCUCUGACGCCGGGUUGCGUGUUGUUGACGGGCGCAGGCUGUGGGAAGAACAUCCCUUAGGAACGCGCCGUGAAGACCCGUGACGUGGGGGAACGGGCCAACCGUACGGCCCUUUCAUUGUUGUGCGCGUAGAACUGACAGAAGAGCAAGUUCCUGUUCUAAAGCUUUUGUGUAAUUGAGGAAAUCUAUUUUUUUGGACGACGGUCUUUUACAGGAAACGGGAUAUGUUAUGAAAAGGACCUGAGAUGAGACCGCGGCCGGACAGCUCGAUUCCAAUCCUGCCGCCGGCCCGUGAGCGGAGCGGUUUCGGUUUGGCCUCCGAGCCUUUCUCCUCCAAGUCCGAGGCUGUGUCUCCCAUCAGGUGACUGUAUUCAGACACGUUUUUCACAUCAUCAGGUGGCUGCGUUCUGACACUUUCCGGGGCCUGGCCAGCGUGGGCUCUCAGAAACCUCUCCAGAAAGGUCUCUGUUCCAGAUUCCGCCUCUUGUCCCUUCGGGAGCAAAAAUGUCUUUUUGAGGCUUGGGAAUGACCAAAAAAAGCUUAAAUAAAGUCAUUUCAUAUCUCUACU